AUUAAUGUAUUUACAAUUAAUUAGACGAUUAUAUUAAAAGGCCGUAUUGCCGUGUGGGUAUCCACUCUUGAUUCAGCGUACAGAGAUGGAUCACUUACUUUGUACAAUUUCGCACUGCGAGCAGAAUUUAUGUGGUUGUAGAAGUCAAUUGUUAUUUUUUUAUAUAUUCAGUUAUUGUCGGUCGGUAUUGAGUCAAUAAUAUGAUCUAAUUUCCUUUCGUUAUCGGUGUUUAUAUAAACAUAAUGGUUUAAUAUUUAAAACGAGUUGAAAUGUUAUCGCAACACAUAAAACUGAUGAAACAGUAGGUACAUAGUGUGCUUCGGGUUAUUCUACAGCAGGUGAUUGGAGCAGUACAAUUUUAUAGUCGUCAAAUUUUCCACUUAAAAAGUUCUAUAUACAUAAUAUAUAUGGACAUAUAUAUUCCUAUGUUAUAUAAUAGGUAUUAUCUAUUAGGUUAUCGUCUCACUGAAAGAGUCUCGGCGAACCUCGGACAACUAUGGAGUAUGUUACGCAGAGUUCGCGGGCCGUGUACCCAAAGCUGGAUCUGCGUACAUAUACAGUUAUGUGGCCGUCGGGGAAUUUAUCGCUUUUAUUAUUGGUUGGAACAUGUUUAUUGAGCACACGAUAGGUACAGCAUCCGCUGCCAAAGCCAUGACAAAUUACUUAGAUUCUCUGCUCGGCGAUCCCCAAAAGAGGUACAUGAAAGCACAUUUUCCAAUUCACUAUCGGUUUAUGGGCGAAUAUCCGGACGUCGCUGCGUUUUUAUUCCUCAUGUUCAUUGCAUUGGUCAUGGCUUGGGGUGUACGGAAAUCUUCAACUCUCAACACAGUGUUCACUACAUUUAACUUACUGACCGUCGGUACAGUCAUCGUGAGUGGACUUUUUUUUGUUAACAUUUCCAAUUGGAAUAUACCAAAAAGCGAAAUUCCGCCUGGAGUGGACGGCGGCGAGGGUGGAUUCGCACCAUUCGGCUGGACUGGAAUAAUCGCGGGAGCGGCUCGAUGCUUUUACGGGUUCAUCGGAUUCGAAUCUAUUUCUACGACCGGCGAAGAAACAAAAAAUCCGAAAAAAACAAUUCCGCUAGCUAUCGUUCUGACGCUGGUGUUUGUCACGUCUGCGUACUCUAUCGUGGCGUCAGUAUUGACACUGAUGUGGCCGUAUUACGACCAGGAUCCGAAUGCGCCGUUUCCAGUCAUCUACGAAAACCUGGGUUUACCUGUGAUCAAGUACAUGGUUACCUGUGGUGCGGUAUUCGCUCUUUUCACCUCUUUAUUAGGAUGUUUGUUUCCGAUACCACGAAUCCUGUACGCCAUGUCUUGCGACGGACUGUUGUUCGAAUUCUUGUCGAUGGUUAACGAAAAGACCAAGACGCCAGUCAUAGCCACUAUGAUAUGUGGAGUUGGUGCCGGCAUAUUGUCGUCCAUAUUCAAUCUCGAACAGCUCGUCGACAUGACGUCUAUCGGCACCCUCGUUUCGUAUUUGAUCGUUUGUAUCUGCUUGCUGGUGCUCAGGUACAGAGAUACUAACGUGGCAGUUCAGGAUCUAUACAGUAAUUCCGAUGACUGUAAGACGUACAAAUGGUACAGUUUGUUAAACAGAAAAGUCACGGACACGGAUACUCAAUAUGUAUCGAGAGUGUUAAUACUUAUAUACACUUUCAAUGCGUGUGUGUUUUGCAUUAGUAUGGUAAAUAUUGACUGUUACGAAGGAGCAUUUCAGUUCCCUUUAAUUAUUGCAAUAGCGGUUUCGAUCACAGUAUCGUUACUUUCCAUGCUAAUGUUAUACAGACUUCCACAAGCCAUCGAAAACUUAGCGUUUAGGGUGCCACUAGUUCCUUUUAUACCAUGCGUGAGUAUAACUCUUAACUUAUACCUAAUGAUGGAGCUGAGCUUCAAGACGUGGAUAAGAUUCGGCGUGGGACUUGUGUUAGGAGUGUUCAUAUAUGCGUUCUAUGGCAUUCAUCACAGUUUAGAGGGCAAGAAACAACGAGCGAUAAAAAAUGAAGAAAACAAAAACACACCGAGAAUCUCUUCCUAAUAACUUGUUCGGGUAUAAUUAAAUGUUAUAUUAUAUACAUAUAUUUAUUUUUUACAUUUGUAUAUUCUAAUGGUUAAUGGCUAUAAUUGGGUAUCGAUUAUUGUAACUCAAAUCAUUACGAUUUUAAUUAUACGACAAGUUUAUAUAUUUAAGUAUGUAACUACCAUUGCCUAAAAAGGUUACAUUUAAAAAUGUGUAUUUAAAUUUUUUUAUUGUAAUAUUUACUAUUUAUAAAUAUAAGGUUAAAUAGUUGUAUUUUUUUUAUAAUAAAACAAACAGAUUAAACACAGCUCAUGAUGCAAUAGUAAUAUAAGUUAUAACACCUAAGUUAAAUAUGGCAAAUGUUUAAAAAAAAUAAGUAAUACAAUAAAC